CCUUAUUGCAUUUUUUGGGACAGCUUAUGGUGUUCAUUUUCUAACAGUGUUCUUGGUUCUUGAAAAAAUUUAUUCAUGUCCAAAGUUUACAGUUUUCUUAGCUUUUCUUAUAUCCCGGUAGUUCAACUUUCCAGUUGGCCUUUUUCUCUACCAUUGCAUUAAUUGUUAUUAGUUCAAACAAAAAUUCCCCUAAAUUAUGUAAUGUUUGUUGAGAAUUAGAAACUCUAAUUCUAUUCCACAGAGAGCAAUCCAUUAGCUGAAAAAAGACACACAGAGACUACGUCCUCUUCCACGAUUGUAGUAAUUCAAUAUGAUGAAAAAAACCAAAUUUUACAAGGAUUCAAAUUAUUAAACUGCCCUUAAUGAAAUUUUUGUCUGAGGGCUCCGCCCUUGCACCCUGAGGAUGGGGGCUUCUUGUCCCCUUCUAAUCCUUAUGGUGACCUCACCACGAAGGUCGAUCCUCGUGCUGGCAUUGCGGAGUAGCAAUAAUUAGGCUUCAUAACUUACAAUGUUAACGACUGUAUCUUGUAAAUAUUAUCACAAUGGAAGAGAAGAAAGGCUUUAGCUUUAAAGGUGCGUAAUGAUGGGAAGUUGUUUUUCUUUGUAUACUACUAUAGAUAAGUGGUUUCUUUUUUUUAAUACUGUUACGAUGAACUCAAUAGCUUGUGCUUUAGGAUGCCAAAGAGCGGAAAGGAAAUUAAAGGAUAGGUCCCUAGCACUAAAGAAGCUUUCUGCGUUUUGAUUACUCAUUUAAGUCUUUUCUUGACAAAUGAACAUCCUCGAAGUGAUACACAAGCUUAGCAAACUUUAAUAAUAAUUUGUGGCUUUGCUCCCAUGUAUUGAGUUCCAAACAUCUUCCAAGCAUAAAAAUUAAUACAUACACAUGAUCUAAAUGAAAAGAGUAAUGUUAUUUGCAAUCGUUCAGUGUUGUAGUCGCUUUAUGUGGCAUACAUGUGACGGUUAGUGAUUUGAUACAUUAAUGUGGUAGUUUUUUAUUAUCUUAUAUAACAAAUCAUUAACCGCCACGUGUAUGUCACGUAGGGCAACUGUGGCAGUGAGCGAUUGCAAAUAACAUUAUUCAAAUGAAAAAUAAAUUGUUUGUUUAAACUUGGCCCUUAACAUGUUAUUUUUUACUUUAAUGAUGUUGUCAAGCGUGGUUUUGACAAGUGUUUUGAGAAUGGAUGAGUUGUAAUCUGAAAUCAAUUUAGUUUUAUGCUAGGGAGAUCUACCUGGAAGCUCUUUACAUACUCAAGGAGAUAUAUGAUAAAAUAUAGAAAAGCAAUCAAGAUUAUAUAUGGCCUUUAUUGAUUCAGGAACCACAAAGAUAAGGUACCAGGAGAAGUGGUAUGGCUGUUAUCAGAUGAAAGUUAUUUCCACUGUAUAUAUCAAAUAAUUACUGAUAUGGAUGGUUGAGUACUCAAGUUACUCAAAGCAUAAGAAUGGCAGGGUGGCAGCUCUAGUAAAUAAUUUCCUAAUCACUAUAGGCAUGUAUCAAGAUUCUCCUCAAAUUUAUAUCUUUUCAAUUUGUUCGUGGACUAGGUUAUAAAACUAACCAAGUAUUGACAUAGUUUUAUUUGAUGGGAUCAAAAAAGGAUAUAAAUCGUACGUAAGUUAGAGUUUUGAAGGAGUAUUUUAGAAUUUAAGUACUUUAGGUUAGGUAAACUUAGAUGAAAAAAAGGGUCCUUUUUGUAACAGUAAGAGAAGAUAAUAGUGGACUCACUAUGAAAGAAUUUUAUUUUAUUUUUUAAUGAGUGUUUUAAGUAUUUAGGUUUAAUUAUUUACUGGGAAAAGGACUUGAGAGGUGAAAAGGUUACAAUGUAUGAGAUUAGAGCACACUGGAUGAAAUAGGUAAGUAUUACAUGAAUUCCAUGUGACAGGAACAUACCUAUAAGGUUCAAGGGAGGUUCUACAAAAUGUCAAGUUUUUUGGCCAUUAAAGGCCAAAAUACUAUAAGAAGAAAGCAACAGAAUUGAAGAGUCUAAGAUCAUAUUCGACCAUAUUAAAAUGGAUAACGAUAACAACUGGAAUAUGCCAUUGCCGACAAGUGGAGCUAGUGCCAAUUGAGAAAAAUUACGAAAUAAUAAUUUAGGUUGUUGAGCAUGUCUUGCAUAGAUGGAAGACAUUUUAGUAGAACAUGCUAGAAGAGGGAAGAUAGAACAAGGUCAACAUGGUCUAUUGAGAUUGCCAAGGGUUUGAACAAACACAAAUCUUCUAGUAGUACUAGUGAGGUUCAAAUGGAAUGAUGAAAAAGUUUUCAUUAUGCCUACCCCAAACUUGUUGACUGUAAUGCUUAGUUUGCAUUUCUUUUGUUGUCCACUGUUUGCCUGUACUGGCUUAGAGAAUGUGGGGUUGUUUCUCUUCCAAUAGGAGUGUGAAAUUAGGAGUUACUAAUUUCACUUAGCAUAUUCUUAUGGGGAUACGCCAAUAUUAUGGCAUUAAGGCUAUCCAUACUAGUAGAUGUGAAUGAUUACCUAACCCUUUCAUGUAGAAGGAUCAUGCUGAUAAUUUCCCUCAGAAUCAGUUCAGUUUUAUUUGUAUUUUGUCGUCUUCAUUUCUAUUCAUUGUCUUUUCUUUGCUCAAGGGAAAAACCAUAGGGGCAUGCAUUUUGUAACGAAAAUCUGAGCUCGCCUGGAGAAUAUCCUCUCCAUGUUUCCUUUUUCAGUUUUACACAUGGAUUUUUGAGCUUGAUUUUGAUAACGAUGACUAAAAAUUUUAUUUGAUGCCAUUCUUCUGCUUAUUAUCUUUUGUCAAUAUAUCCUGGAAACAUGGGGAUGGCACUGCUGAGGUCAUUCUAGAAGACAUCUUAAUCUAGUUUGAUGAGAUUUCUACAAUGGCUUCUGUACAAGUUUUCCAGGUCAUUGGAUGCUCCGACUGUUUCAUUGCAGACUAAAUUCUCCCAAUACAUCAGCAGUUCUAUUUGAAGUUUUUGGUCAUCAGCUUCAGUUUUCACAGGAUCCCAAUUCUAAGCAUUUAGGAACUACCGUUUGGGAUGCAUCAAUGGUGUUCGUCAAAUUUCUGGAGAAAAAUUGUAGAAAGGGAAAGUUUUCUCCAUCUAAACUGAAAGGAAAACGUGUGAUUGAACUUGGAGCAGGCUGUGGUGUAGCUGGAUUUGGAAUGGCAUUUCUUGGUUGUGAUGUAAUUUCAACAGACCAAACUGAGGUUUUGCCUUUGUUGAUGAGCAACGCUGAACGCAAUAGUUCAAGGAUACUGCAAAUGAAUCCUGGUUCAGACUCCUUUGGCUCCAUCCAGGUGGCAGAGCUGAACUGGGGUAAUGCAGAUCAUAUUAGGGCUGUUGUUCCUCCAUUUGACUACAUUAUUGGCACCGAUAUUGUUUACUCGGAGCAUCUUUUGGAACCAUUGUUGCAGACUAUACUUUCGUUAUCUGGACCGAAAACCACAAUCUUGUUGGGUUACGAAAUUCGUUCCACAAAUGUCCACGAACAAAUGCUAGAAUUAUGGAAAAGAUAUUUUGAGGUUAAAAUUGUUCCAAGAGCAAAGAUGCACAAUGAAUACCAACAUCCAAGUAUACAAUUGUACAUAAUGAGCCAUAAAUCUUCAGACAACAUUGGCAAAGGGCUUGACUGCCAUAUCGAAGGAGUUGAAAUUAAAGAAUUCAAAUGUAAACUGGAGGAAGAUGAUGACGAUAAUACUUCUGUUGUUAAUGCAGUUGAGGAUUGUCAAGGUGAUCUUGUUAAGGAAGGGAGCAAGUCAGCUGCAAAUCCCCAGAGUGAAAAGCUUAGCGAGUGGGAGGCAAGAAGAUAUGGGGCCAUGGCUGCUCGCCUUCUUCGCGAUGUAAAGAUAACCUAGAUAUACUAGGUUUUUAUACCCGUUAUAACUAUGCUAGUAGGGUUAAAAUUUUGCUUAAUGGACAUACAAAGACUAUAUCUCACUCUGCUAUUUACUAGCAAUUAAGGCAACUACAUGUUCUCAAUAUGGAAGAAAAGCUUGCAUUGUGCUUAAUGUAGAAUUUGGACACAUUCUAAACUA